AUGACGUCUGGUAUUCAUGGUCCAUGUAUUGGUAACGUUCUACCUGUAUCCCGUCUGAAUUUCAAGGGUCUCUGUUUCCAAGACUCACCAUCAGGUGUCGGUAAUAGAGCUCUACAUUCCACUGUUUUUCCUGCUGGUAUACAUAUUGCAGCUACGUGGGAUCCAGACCUAUUUUAUAGACGUGGUGCGGCAAUAGGCAAAGAAUUCCGAGGUAAAGGAGUCCAUUUCGCUUUGGGUCCGAUGAUGAAUAUCGAUCGAAAUGCUCGACAUGGUCGUAAUUGGGAGGGAUUUGGUUCCGAUCCAUAUCUUGCUGGUGAAAAUUCAUUUUAUUAUGUUCAAGGUAUUCAAGAUCAAGGUGUUGUUGCAACUGCUAAACAUUAUAUUUGUAACGAACAAGAAACCAAUCGUCUUAUUUGUCCAUCAGAUAUUCUAACUCAAUCAGAAUUUUGUAAUUGCAGAGCUUAUUCAGCCAAUGUUGAUGAUAAAACAAUGCAUGAAAUAUAUCUUUGGCCAUUUGCCUCUAGUGUUGCUGCUGGCGUAGGUUCGGUUAUGUGUUCAUAUAAUCAGCUGAAUGGUACACCAGCUUGUCAAAAUGAUAAAAUAUUAAAGAGACUUCUGAAAGAAGAACUUCAAUUUCUUGGUAAUGUUAUGUCUGAUUGGGGUGCGACAAAAACUGGUGUUCAAUCAGCUUUAGCAGGUUUAGAUGUAGAUAUGCCAGGAGAUGAUGGUCUAAUGGGGUUUAACCUUGUACAAUCUGUUAAAAAUCGAAUGAUUACAGAAGAGAGAAUUGAUGAUAUGAUUAUUCGAGUUUUAACACCUUAUUAUCUUCUCGGACAAGAUCAAGAAUAUCCAUCACUUAACUUAGAUCGGAAUGUUGUUGAAGAUCAUUACAAGAUUAAUCGAGAAAUUGCUACUGCAGGCAUUAUUUUACUUAAGAAUACAAACAAUAUUUUACCAUUCGAUGUUACAAAAGAUAAAUAUUAUUUUAUUUAUGGAUCAGCAGCAGGUCAACCUGAUAAAGAUUUCGAUUCAGGACAUUCGUCAAAACAUUCAGGUGCUUUAUAUCAAGGUGGAGGUUCAGGCUUUGUUCAACCAACAUAUGCUAUUGAUCCUCUUACUUCACUUUUAAUUAAAGGUCGAGAUUUUCAUUUUCAAAUUCGAUAUAUUACUAACCAAAAUGAUUAUGUUGCUAUUAAUAAAUCAUUCAAUCAUCGUGAUUUUGCUACUGGUAAAUGUCUUGUUUUUAUUAGUGCUUGGUCUUCAGAAGAAUUGGAUAGAAAUGAUCUUCAUGCUUUAAAUAAUGGGGAUAAACUUGUUCAAACUGUUGCUUCUCGUUGUGCUAAUACUAUUGUCAUCGUCAACAGUGUUUCACAACUUAAUCUUGAAAGUUGGAUUGAUCUUCCCAAUGUGGUCGGUGUUAUCUGGUCAGGUAUGCCUGGAUCAGAAUAUGGACCAGCUAUUGUUGACGUUCUUUUUGGAAAUUAUAAUCCAGGAGGCAAACUUGUUUUUACACUUGCUAAAAAUGAUUUUGAUUAUGGUACUGAUAUUAGUCCAACAUACCAUUCCAAUUAUAGUGAAGGUGUUUUCUUAGAUUAUCGUCAUUUUGAUAAAUAUAAUAUUCUACCACGAUAUUAUUUUGGAUAUGGUCUGUCAUAUACAACAUUCUCCUUCUCUAAACUUCAUAUUGUUAAAACUGUAAAAGGUAAACAUAAGGCUUCAUUACAUUAUCGACAACAUCGAAUAAGACCUUAUACUAAUAUUGCUACUUCGAAACUUUAUGAACCUGUCUACGAAAUAACAUUUACUGUCACUAAUAGUGGUGAAGUUUAUGGUUCAGAAGUACCUCAACUCUAUCUUGGAUUUCCGGAUGAAGCAGAAGAACCAGCAAAAGUAUUACGAGGUUUCGAACGAGUGUAUUUAGCAGCAGGUCAAUCGAAACAAGUUUCAUUGAUAUUAACAAAAAAGGAUAUUUCAUACUGGAAUGUUAUUAAUCAAAAAUGGACUGUUGCUCCUGGUACUUAUACAGUUUCGAUUUCAACAUCUGCUAAUAAUGAUGAUAUUAAACUUCAAACUACUUUUAAUAUAGAGUGGCAAAAUCAAAAAAUUAAAAAAGAAAAAUUUAUCUCUCAAAAUCGGGAAAACAUCAGAAUGUUUUUGUGUGAAAUGAUAAAAAAAAUUGAAAAUUCAUUUUUAUCGUGUUAA